CUUACCUUUGAAUGGACAUAGCAUCUGAUACCACAAGACGACGCCGUCUUACUCCAUCAGAUAAGAACAAUGUCACUCGCCGUGAGGUCAGUUCAAGAUACAGAUCACCAACACCAACCAAAACCUCCCGAUGCCCUUCUCCAAGCGUCACAAGACCAACACUCUCUUCAACCUCUCAAUCCAUAUCUGCUAAAAGAUCCAUCUCUGCUGACAGGAACCGUCCUUCAACACCUCCCUCUAUAGACUCACCACUAGCUUCAUCUAGGAGACUAUCUACAGGUCGUUUGCCUGAAAACUUAUGGCCUUCCACUAUGAGAAGCCUCACCUCGUCAGACUCUGUCUCUGUCCUUGUUAGUAAGAAGGAGAGAAGUGUUAGAAGCUCUUCUGCGGAUCGAACUUUGAGACCUUCUUCAAAUAUAGCUCACAAGCAGAAAGCUGAAACAAACUCUCUAUCAAGAAAACCAACACCAGAGAGGAAGAUAAGUCCAUUGAAAGUAAAGAAUAAUGCAUCUGAUCUUACAGAGAAUUCGAAACCUGGAGAUGGUGCUCAUAGUAAGUUAAUAGAACAGCAUAGAUGGCCUAGUAGAAUUGGUGGUAAGAUGGUUUCAAAUCUUUUAAACAGAAGCUUAGAUCUUGGUGACAAGACUCUUAGGAGAAUGUCAUUACCUUUGUCAAGCAGUUUAAAACCGUUGCAUAAAACUUGUGUUUUGUUGUCUCCAACAAAGUCGGCAGAUAAUAACAGACUUUUGUCUGCAAGUUCUAUGGAUAGAGCAACCUUAACAACUGCUGUAGCUAGGCUGCAUCCAGGAUCUCGCCCUGCUUCUAGAGGAGGGAGUCCUUCACGUGUCACUUGUUCCUCUUCUUUUGCUAGACCAUCAACUCCACCUUCAAGAGGAGUAAGUCCUUCACAGAUAAGACAAACAAGCACAAGUUCUGUUCUCAGCUUCAUCACAGAUGUUAAGAAAGGCAAGAAAGCUAGCUACAUAGAAGACGUGCAUCAGCUACGUCUUCUCCACAAUAGAUACUUACAGUGGCGGUUUGCAAUUGCGCAAGCUGAAGCUGUAAUGUACAUUCAAAGAUUAACAUCCGAGGAAACUUUAUUUAAUGUGUGGCAUGCAAUAUCAGAGCUACAUGAUGAUGUGACAAGCCAGAGGAUUAGUUUGCAACAGCUAAAGCUAGAGAUCAAACUCAACUCACUACUAAACGAACAAAUGGUGGGUCUUGAAGAAUGGGCCAGGCUUGAAAGAGACCAUGUUAGUUCUUUAGUUGGGGCUAUAGCAGAUUUGGAAGCUAAUACUCUUCGCCUUCCAGUGACUGGAGGAACAAAGGCGGAUGUUGAAUCUUUGAAAGCAGCUAUGUCUUCAGCUCUUGAUGUAAUGCAGGCUAUGGGAUCGUCUAUUUGGUCUUUACUCUCAAAGGUGGAGGAGAUGAAUAAAAUGGUGUCAGAACUGGCUGUUGUGGUUACAAAAGAGAGUUGUAUGCAAGGGAAAUGCGAAGAUCUUCUGGCUUCAACUGCGAUCAUGCAGAUAAAUGAGUGUAGUCUCAGGACUCAUUUGAUACAAAGUAGGAGAGAAGGAGAAGAAGAUGCAGAGGAAGAGGAGGAGACUCCUUCAUUGUUGCCACUAAGCAAGUUUCCAUGGCCAUAAAUAACACACUUACAACAGUUCCACACGCUCAACACUGAUGACUUGUCACCUGUAAAUUGCUCUUUGGUGUUCUCCUGUCUAGUUAGAAGUCGAUUUUAUUUUGGUAUGAAACAUUAGCAUAGGAACACAGGAAGUGAAAUAUCAAUAGUUCGAAAGUCUUAGGAAAGGGAAAAAGCAAUUUAGGUUGUUUUUAGGCGCUUUAUAAACAUAACUCAUACUGUAACAUGACAUCAUAAUUGAUAAUUCUUUAAGUC